AUGCCUAGAGACGACCUCUCCAUUGACUUCGUCAAGGGCAAUAUGCCUGCAAACGAAGCCCUCGACCCCGCCCUCAUCCUCGACGAAUGGGCAAACCGCGUGUCCAACUUGCCCGAGGAGAUCAAGUUCAUCCAGGAUGAGAUUGCCGCCAAGGAUCUCGAGAUAGCCAAGUGCCUCCGCAUCAUUGACGACAAGGACUCAAAGAUCCAGAAAUGGAUCAAGGCCAAUGGCAGCGCUGAGCCUAACCCCAAGGAGGAGAAGGAUUACCGGCCUGCCAUCCGCGAGAACUACAAGAAGGCAGAGGAGCUGCAGAGCGAGAAGAUCAAAAUGACACAACGACUCCAAAUAACAAUGGAUAGGCAUCUCAAAUGGCUCGACUCGCAAAUCAAAACACUCUACGACCGCAAUGAGCCCGGGUUCACAGAUCCCGAUACCCUCCCUUCCGUCCUCCGACCAUCCGCCGCCAACAACUCGGCCCCAUCUGCGCGUUCCAUCACCACUUCAUCGACGAAUCCCGUCACCGCUGCCCUCAGCCCUCUCGCCAACCCGGUCACUUCCACUGCGCCUAAGAAUACCAACUCCUCAGUUCGAACUGUUCAGACUUCGCAACAUGUAUCCUCGUCCGCACCCACCUCCCCAGCAGCAACCAUGAUCAUGAAGCGCGGCGCACGCGAAGGCUCAGCCGGCCCAAACGGCGGACCCCUUCAGAGGGGGCCUCGCAUUAACAGUGGCCUGGGUGGCCUUCCGAAUCCGUCAAGCGGUCUGGCGCGGCACUCGUCACUCGGACCAGGCACUCCAAAGGGACAUACAGCCACAGGCGUACAAAGGGCAGGCAGCGCCGGACCGCGAACCAUGCUCAAGGGAGGCGUCAUUCCGGGCCGCAAGGGCACGCCAUCAGGGGGAAUAGGCCGCAGCAGCAAGAAGGGCACACCGGCAGGUGGUCCCAAAUCUGGCCUGCAGCGCGUGAGGAAAACAGCCAAGAAUUCGCCCUCCUCGACGGCAGACAGCGAGCUCUCCGACGCCGACAGCGCGGCCAGCGGGGACGAGUCCGACGCGCGGACAGGGGGGCGCGGGACACCAGCGCGGAACGAUGCUGGUACAGGGACCCGAGGCGAAGGCAUGGGUCACGCACCGCGGACGAAACGCGAAGACGAAGAUAUCUACAUGGACGAUGACGAGGGCAGCGACGAUAGGAAGUAUUGUCUCUGCCAGAAGGUCAGCUUUGGGGACAUGAUCGCCUGCGACAACGACGACUGCCCCUACGAGUGGUUCCACUGGUCCUGCGUGGGGCUCAAGAGCGAGCCACAACAGGGCGGCACAUGGUUCUGCCCUGUGUGUUCGGAGGCGAUGAAGAAGAAGGGAAAGUGA